AUGCACAAUUCCCUCCAUAACACCACAACCAUCUCCUACAUGGGAUGUACCGCACAGGCCUUUUUCUUUUAUUUCUUCAUGUCAGCAGAGUUUUCCCUCCUCACCAUCAUGUGCUACGACCGCUACGUUGCCAUCUGCAAACCCCUGCACUACGGGACCCUCCUGGGCAGCAGAGCUUGUGCCCACAUGGCAGCAGCUGCCUGGGCCACUGGCUUUCUCUAUUCUCUGCUGCACACAGCCAGUACAUUUUCCCUGCCCCUGUGCCAGGGCAAUGCCCUGGGCCAGUUCUUCUGUGAAAUACCACACAUCCUCAAGCUCUCCUGCUCACACUCAGGCUACCGCAGGGAACUUGGGCUCAUUGGGGUUAGUGCCUGUUUAAUAUUUGGUUGUUUUGUUUUCAUUGUUUUCUCCUAUGUGCAGAUCUUCAGGGCUGUGCUGAGGAUCCCCUCUCAGCAGGGACGGCACAAAGUCUUUUCCAUGUGCCUCCCUCACCUGGCCGUGCUCUCCCUGUUUAUCAGCACUGGCGUGUUUUCAAACAUCAAGACCCCCUCCAUCUCCUCCCCAUCCCUGGAUCUGGCUCUGUCAGUUCUGUACUCAGUGAGUGGUGGAAGCUGGACUGAAGACGUGGAAGAUGGUGGGAAGUUGGCUGAAUGA